AUGGCACCAAUUAACAACUGCCACCCAUCUACUCUGGCGUUGCAUGCCGAUGACAGCCUGAAUCUAGUGACUGAUGUCGCACCUCCAAUCCACCUGUCCACAACUUUCAGGUAUUCAAACAACCCGGAUGAACUGAUUAUGUCCGAGGAUCCGGUGGCGGAAUUUAAUGGAAAGAACUACGUAUACGCUCGCGAGUUUGCACCAAAUGCCACUCGCUUUGAAGCUGUUCUCUCAUCUCUCCUCAAGGGCCAUGCAGUGAGCUAUGCCACCGGCUUAGCUGCCCUGCACGCCGCAUUGACGCUGCUGAACCCCCGUCAGAUAUCGGUGGGCGAAGGCUACCACGGUAGCCAUGAAGUCAUAGCAGUGAUAUCUCGUCUCUCAGGGCUGAAAAAGCUCCCUCUUGACUGUCCCGCUGAAAGUCUCAACGCGGGAGAUGUCAUUUUGCUCGAAACCCCGGUCAACCCUCUAGGCACGGCAUUCAGCAUCGAAGCAUACGCUAAAAAGGCACACUCUCAAGGGGCAUUCCUCAUUGUUGACAGUACAUUUGCGCCCCCGAGCCUCCAGGACCCAUUUCUGUGGGGAGCUGACAUUGUAAUGCACUCGGGAUCCAAAUACUUUGGAGGACACAGCGAUCUCCUCUGCGGGGUCCUCGCGGUGAAGAGGGAUGACUGGGCCAAGCAGCUCUUUGAGGAUCGCAUGGCUUUGGGGAAUGUGAUCGGAAAUUUGGAGGGCUGGCUGGGUACACGGAGUUUGCGCACACUCGAAGUUCGAGUGCAACGUGCAAGCGAGAACUCAGCCAAGCUGAUAUCGUGGCUCAAUGGAGCCUUGAAUAGCGCCGAUCCCGUACAUGGUUCGGAAGAGGCCGUGAUCCAAACUGUAUUGCAGAAGAUCUACCAUGCCAGUCUUCAGGAUGAGCCUUGGUUGAAGAAGCAGAUGCCCAACGGGUUUGGUCCUGUUUUCUCUAUCAUCUUGCACAACGAGACCUUUGCUCGAGCAUUGCCGAGCAAACUGAACCUUUUCCAGCAUGCAACCAGUCUCGGUGGAGUUGAGUCGCUGAUCGAGUGGCGAGCCUUGUCUGACGCCAGAGUGGACCGAAAGUUGCUGAGAAUCAGUGUGGGCCUGGAAAACUGGGAGGAUCUGAAAGGUGAUAUUUUGCAGGCAUUCGAGUCUCUCAUAGGGGCUCAGUAG